AUGGGCGGAGAGGGUGGUGAAGCCGGCUUUGAGUUUGGCAUCAAUCCGAACGAUGAUCCGGAGCUCUGGGAGCUUGCUCUUGCGCUCCGCAUCUCCAUGGAAGAGGAGAGGGCCAGGCAACAGGCCGCGGGAGGUGAGGCCCCAGCGGGUGAGGCCCCGGCAAGUGGGCAGGCGCCAGCCGCUGCAGCAGCCACAGCGCCUGCGCCAGCUGCCGGGGAGACGGCACCAGCAGCAUCACUGCCUGUGGCUCCAGAUGCGGCUGUCAUGGAAGCCAUGGGCAUGGAGGACAUGGACGAUGAGCUGCGGCAGGCUCUCCUCCUUUCCAUGCAAGAGAUGGAGCCAGGGUCGGCGGCCCCUGCGACGGCCCCGGCAGCGACAGCUCCGGCUUCCACUCCGCCAGCGGCCCCCACUGGGACACAGGCUCCUGCCGGCGCCGCAAUGGAAGGCAUGGAGGACAUGGACGAUGAGCUGCGGCAGGCCCUUCUCCUCUCCAUGCAGGAGUUGUGGCCCUAG